AUGACGUUUGUUUAGUUGUAAAAGUUUCCAAAAAGUUGAUCAGCCAGUUUCGUAUGCGAAGUAGUGAGAAGUGAAUGCAAUAGUAAUUGCAUUAAUAGAUUUACGCGUUCCUGCAUUGUGUUCUGGUUUCGCUUACGAUUUGAUUCUAUUCAAUGAUGAUUCGCAUUAUUUGUUUAGUCGUUCACCAUCUGCUCCAAUGACAAGUAAACGGUAAACCAGAAAAAAAAAUUGCUGAGCUUUAGUGCUGGCAUGGAGCAAUAUUUUUUCUUCCAAAAACGCCCUUGAAACAGCGAAGAAAAUACACAGGGGAAGCCUUAUUAGGAAGAAUAGCACGGGCAGCGUUCGGUUCUUUGCUCGCCCAUAGUUUAAAUUUAUAAGGUGUUAAAGCGGAAACACACAGAGAGCAAUGUCAAUAACCGCAAACUACGACCACUACCAUCGGGGCAGCGCUAGCUGUCCGGAUCGAUCGGAUCGAUGCGUUUGCUGUGUCCGGACAAUGAAAUGGCUACCAGUACUGUUCAUCGUUGCGGUCAUUGCCUGGUCCUACUAUGCUUUUGUAGUGGAGUUGUCAUUUUUCACUGUGACCAGCGUACUGCAGCGAAUAUUGUUCCUGCUUUUCUAUCAUCUGAUAUUGGUUAUGUUCCUAUGGUCUUACUAUCGGACCGUGUUCACCGAGAUCGGUCGUGUUCCAGCACGGUUCCGCGUACCCCGAGCGGAUCUGGACCGACUGUUGCGUGCCUCAAGUGAAGAAGAGCAGAAACAAAUUCUGGAAGUGUUCUCCAGGGAGCUGCCGAUAGUGACCCGAACCUUGAACGCGUCGGUGCGGUUUUGUGAGAAGUGCCGGCUCAUCAAACCGGACCGGGCUCACCACUGUAGCGUGUGCGGUGUGUGCGUGCUGAAGUUGGAUCAUCACUGCCCCUGGGUGAACAACUGUAUCAACUUCACCAACUACAAGUUCUUCAUACUGUUCCUCGGAUACGCGCUGAUCUACUGUCUGUAUGUUGCCUUCACCACGGUUAUGUACAUGGAACUAAUCUGGAGUGUGAGUGGGCGAGAAGGCAAGAUCGACGGGCGGUUUCACAUACUUUUCCUAUUUUUCGUAUCGCUGAUGUUUGCCAUCAGUUUGGUUAGUUUGUUUGGUUAUCAUUGCUACCUGGUGCUGUUAAAUAGAACUACUUUAGAAUCAUUCCGUACGCCAAUUUUCCGGUACGGUGGACCCGACAAAAAUGGAUUUAGCCUAGGAAAAUUGAACAAUUUUCAGGAAGUAUUUGGCGAUGACCGGCGGCUGUGGUUCGUGCCCGUAUAUACAAGUCUUGGCGAUGGAGUGGCCUAUCCGGUUCGGAGCUACGACGAGGACGCCGAAUCGUUGCUCAGUGGCGAACUGGCAAACCAUCAUCGCUCCAGCAGCAACCACGGCAUCGGAGGUCAACAGCCACAGCGACAGGUACUCAGUGAUAAACAUGUGAUCGUACCAGGUCUGGACGACAACGACGACGAGGACGAGGACGAUAACGAUUAUGAAACGACAAUCUUCAGUCAAUCCAGCAGCCUGUUACGUUAACCCCUCAACACGAGUGCUAUCCGAUAGCAACAUUAAAUGGGCUUUCGCUCCUGGUACUACGUAUGUGAUUUUGUUUUUUACUUGAAAUAGAACUAGGUCUAGCGAAAACGGUUCGCAUACUGUAAUAGCAAAUAGGGCAGAAUUUCGAACGGUGUACAGAUUGGAAUGGAUUCACUCAAGAAGAACUUUCUGUUGCUAAAAUAAAUAUUGUUCUCGAACGAUAAAUUGUACGCUUCGAUUGGUCGCAACAUUUACAUUGUUGUUGGGUAGCUUAAAUUUGUUUUAUUAUCUCAUUCGACGAACCUUAAGAGUUGUAAAGUACUGAGUUUUGAUCGAAUCUGGGUAAAUUAUUUUAUCUGAAUUCGCAAGUAUGUACAAAAAAUUACGUCCGUAAAAACUUUUUGUUCAAAAUUUUGAAAUACUCUCAAAGUUUGUGCUACUUAAAGUUCUAUUUAUUUUUAGAAAGUUCCGCAGUAUCAGGAGGCGAGGUCUUGAGGAGACCCAUUUCAGACUGUACAAUAGAUAAAUUCUUACCUUAGCUACAACAAGUUGUAGAAAAAGAUGAAUUGAUGUACAGUAUAAAGGCCUUUUUUUUAGCACUCAGAUAGCUAUACUAAAAACACUCCGAGCCGGUCCCACUAGGGAUCGAGCUUUCGAAGAAAUGUGCUUUGAAUGACAUACAUUUUUGUAGUGUUUGAAAAUUAAUAUGACUGCAUUCAUUUGUUAUCUUAAACGAGCGCAUUUCAACGGAAAACGUGAUAUGAAUCGAUUGGUUUCUAUUCAAACAAGUUUUUUUUUUAACUAGAAUAACAAAUUAAAGACAAAAGCCCGGUAGAACCAGUGACCAGUAGGACGCAAUACUGAAAAUGUUCAAAUUGUUACUUAACUUGACAGGCUUCUAAAUUCGUUCAUAUUUCUGAUUAAAAUAGUUAAAGUGGUUGGCAAUAUUCUGCGGCAAUUUCGGAAUUUAGAACUAGAUUUUAGUGUUAUUAGAACAAACAUAGUGAUGUGAAUCAAAACACCAACGAUUCACUGUGCGAAUUCUGUGCGAUUCACUGUUAGAAAAUCAAUUACUUUGUUUAUUUAGUUUUUUUUAUUGUAUAAGUUCUCAAUUCCUUCAUCAAAGUGCAUUAGAUUUUUUUUAAUGAAUAACCAUAUCAUUUAGUUAGAUUAACAGUCAAGAAGGAAACUAAAGAGAAAACGAUUUUAUAAGAAACUUGACUUUUGAAAUAGUAAUUUGUAACGAUGUGAUUGAACCUGUUAAUGUAACAUUCCUUAUUUCAGCAAUAGUGUGGGUAGUUGAAGUUUUAGUUAUAUAUAAUAAUUUUAGAUCAUAGUACUAGUUCCUUAACAGAGCAUCUAUCACUUGAUAGUAAUUUUUGCAGAGAAGUAUUUUUGUUUCGAUUAUUUCGGUUUUAGUCUUAAGAUCAUUCGCCUUGUCGAGCUAGUGAAUCUUCCUGGCCGUGUGUGCGGUAUUGGGAAUCGAACAUUGACCCUGUUUGGUCUUUUCGAAAGGAAACAGUUUGUCAAGCCUGGAAACCUUCCUUUCAAAACUCUAUUUUCAAAACUACGAAGUGGAUAGCCUAUCAAACUAUUAUCGAAAGAAAUUAUGUAAUUAAUCCAGUAUUAAGAUAGUUUCGGCAGGAAAGUAUCAGAACAAAACUGCUUUUAGUUCUAUCAAUUCUGUUAUAAAAUUGAAACUUCAAUUAGCGAGUGUUGAAAAAAUUAACUCGUGUCUGUCUGGUACACGCAUACCAGUCCCCACGAUACAAGUUACAUUUCAGUUACAAUAGAACAGUCAUGCUAUAGGUACUCCAUAUUAUUUUGGUUGCAGCGCCAAACUGUAGAACAAUCAAAAACAGUGAAAAAAUCUAUUUUUAAAUUUUGAUAGAAAAUUGAAUGUGUGAAAUAAUAAGAAAAUGGCUCACAGUUAUGAUUAUUAGAAGAGUUCUGGAAUAAAACGACUAACAUCUCUACCAUCAAAAGCCGAAUCGUUUCUAAAACAUCUACGUUCGAACUAAAUUAUCCUCAUUUUUUCAGUAUAGAAGUCACUGCAUGGAACGUUACCAUAAAUGUAUGCAAAUGAUAGUUUACUAAAUAUGAUACUAGCAAUUCUUGACUGAACAGAUACGUAUGGAGUACGUUGCCAACAAAUACAAAAGAGAAGAUUAUAGAACAGUCAUUAAUAAAUAAAUUAAUAAGUUUGUACAUUUUUGA